GUGCACAUCUGCAGGCAUGACAGAACCAAAAUUGAGAAGUCUGAAUAUCCAGACUCAGCUCAGGCUCACCUCUGCAGCAAAAACUCUUCUUCCUUGCUCCUCCUGUUCCCUUUCGUGAAAAGACAAAUUCGAACAAUCCGAACGUAAUUUCCGAGGAGUGUGGUGUUUCGUAAGAGUGAACAACCAUGGUCUUCAAGUUUUCAACCUUCGAUCUCACCAAAGAUCCUCCUGAUUUCGAUCCGCCUUCGCCGCCUGCUUCUCGGUCAUCAACGAUUUGUCUGCCGCUUAAUCCUGCUAGCCGCAGUUUCAUCAAAGGUACGACAUCCCGCCAGGUAGCUGCCGGUGCUUCUCUGCGCUUGGCCAAUUCAGCUUCCAAGUUUGGUUGCUGGAGGCCAAGCGAAUCACUCCAAUGUCCAGAGGCAGGACGCCUUAAAAGGUUCACUUUCCGCGAGCUGAAGGUCGCUACCAACAAGUUCAGUGAGACAAAUAAGCUGGGUGAGGGUGGGUACGGUUGUGUGUACUAUGGAGUCUUGGUGGACGGCUCCAGAGUGGCGAUAAAAAGACUCACUAGACAUACCUCUCAAAGAUUGACACUGCGUGCUGAAGUAAAAUUGGGGAACAAGAUAUGGCAUCGGAAUCUGCUUCCGGUUCACGGCUUGUGUUCAUCAUCGAAACAUGGAGACAUGCUCGUGUACCCUUUCAUGGUGAACGUAAGCCUAGGCAUCAAUUUAAGAGGACAGUCAACAGAGAAGCGCCCACUUGAUUGGCCCAUCAGGAAGAAGAUAGCAAUUGGAGCUGCGAGAGGGAUUGCCCAUUUGCAUGAUCUGAGGAUAAUUCACAGGGACAUUAAACCCGACAAUAUACUGCUGGAUGCGGAUUUUGAGGCUCGUGUUGCAGAUUUUGGGUUGGCCUUGUUCAUGGACGAUUACAAAGAGAAGGCUGUUUCCGAAGGAGAACCCAAUGGUGAAGACGCUUAUUUUACCGACUGCACAGCGGGAACACUUGGUUACAUGGAUCCAGAGCGCAUUACCGGAAGAUACUCAGUAAAGAGCGAUGUUUAUGGUUUCGGCGUGACACUUCUUGAACUCGUGAGUGGUCGAAGAGCUUGGAGAACAACCUGCCUCGAUGGAAAGGAACUGGGGCUGCUUCGAUGGGCACAAGCCCUUUUGAAAAACGAACAGUUGGAAAGGCUAGUCGAUACCAAUAUGCUGGGCGGCUAUAACGAGAGUGAAGUGGAGAAAACCAUUCGCCUGGCUCUACUUUGCACGCAACUGGACCCCAAAAAACGACCUUAUAUGGCUGAAGCAGUCCUAUUUCUUGAAGGAAUUAUUGGCUUGGAGAAAAGAUGGGAGGAGUAUCAACUUGAAGACGAAUUAUCUGGCCUAGAUGAUCUUUCAAUUUUGAACGACUCUACUUCUUGUCCAAGAACGUGUCGCUUGAGAUUCGCCCUCGAGAUUGCGGCUGCCUCAGCUUCAGCACUAUACCGGAUACCGUUGAAUUUUUUUCGCUUAGUUCGAGUGUAUUUACUCAUUUCAUUUUAUUUAAUUGACAAUGUUCUUAUUAUGUUUUACCUUAAAUCUGAUUUCAUUUUAUUUUUAUCAAAGCCUACCAGAACUUGAGAGGGCAAGUAGAAUCAAAUUAUUGUGCUGUGCCGUCGGCCAACAUUCCACA